AACAUAACCCUGACAUUGAACACACGUUUUACCGCAAUGUUUAGAUUGGAAGAAGGAGAAACAUCAUAGGAUAUUUUCAUGUUGACUUUUCUGCAAGUCACUCACAGUACAAAAAAAAAUAUUUAAAUGUGUUUUUGUCUUUGUUGAUGCUGACCUCUGACCUUAGGAUACAUAUGCUAUUUUAAAAAAAAGACUGAUUGUACUGAGUAUAGUGUAACUUUUCGAAGCUCCAUUUAUCUUUGACUUAACCAGCUGAUGCGUUGAGUACUUUUCUUAAAAACAGUUUCAGCGGUAUAUUAUAAUUUGAGUAUAAUGAAAUACGGAUAUGCUGUUGUGCUUGUGUUGUUCGUUGCCAGACUUGGAGGGGUGCUGCCAGAUUUAUUCGACGACUCAUGCCGAUUAAGCAAUUUAUACAGGCAAGUCUCUUUUUUUUUUUUAAAUCAGUGGUUGAAAUCAGUGGGCAUACUACCUAACCCUCUAGGGUGUAAAGUCUUGUAAGGGUUUGGGUGAGUUAUUAAGUACAAAAUGAGUAAAGGGGGUGGGGGCGACGGAACUUACUAAACAUACAUUUAUGAUAAGAACUUAACAAUUACGUGAACAGUUACAUUUUUAUCAAAAGGUUUUUAUACAGAGCUUCACUGAUAUCAUGAAUAGGUUUUUAUAGGUUUUAGAGAAAUGAGACUUGACAAGUAUGUCGACAUCAGAUGUGGUCGAUUGGUUCAACAGUUCUACCGACACAGUUUUCUUUACUCCGACAAGAAGAAGAAACUUUCCACUGCAUUAGACAGCAACAUUUUGUCAACAAUCUUUUUGCACCUCGGACAUCGUGGCUGGUUUUUUGUGGGUGUGCGUGUGAGGUGGGGGUGGGGGUGAUACUAGGUGUUUCGCCUUUGUUUAUAUAUUCUCCGGGGUAAAAAAAAAAAGACUAAAUCCUGGUCAGUUGCGACCUGAAGAUCUUGGGAAAGCUAUUCUUGGCUUUAAACAAAGGAAACCUCUUUAUUUGUAAUUGGAUUCCAAUAUUAUAAUGUAAUGGGUGAUCGAACGGCUGAGUCGUGAGGUGUUUCGACAACAGGGCAUCUGAUGUUUUUUUUGGAAUCAGGUGAUUAUUUUUUUUCAUUUUAAAAAACUACAUCGACCACGCUUCAUGAUUUCGCCACCACUACCAGCGAAAGCUGGACCUUCGAAUCUGUGAGAAUGGCAGAUGAAAAUAAAAUAAUGUUUUGAAAUAUUUGAACAUACCGGAGUCCAUUUUGAUAUAUUCAAUUUUGUUAAACAAUCCGUGCAUGCCGUUUGCUGUAUUCAAAGACUCACCUAUCUUCCCCAUUGUAGUAAAAUACCCCCAACGGAGGAACCUGGAGUCUAUAUGACGAUUCCUACAAAUUGCACCGAGGGACAAUAUGACUGGGACUGGCCACAGGUAAUGGUGAUGAAUGUGUAAGACAAAUAGUGGUUAGUUGGUCGAGCCCAUAGAGAUGUAAUGAUAAAGGUUUUUGUAAAAAAUUACGGUGUCAUAAAGUUCUAACCAGAUAAUUUUUCAGCCAAUUGUAAUCGCAGCUGUAUAUCGGUGGCGUUUAACUAAAAGUAAAUUUAUGUUUAAUUUCAACUAAAAGUUUUUCAACUAUCCCACUGACGCCUUUACCGGAUUGCAAAGCUGUACAAAAAUCUGAACACCAACCGAAGUAGAUCUUGCAAGCUCUGUAAAACGUGGGGAGUUUCGGGGAUCUGCGAUCAUUAACGUGCUUACAGAAUGCUAGCCUGUUACGUACCGUUAUAAAGGUUAAAUCUGUAUUAAUAGUUGGCUCGUAUAAAAAACAAUACGUAACAAAAUACUGAUCUUACAGUAUGCAAAUAAAAACAAUACCAGAGGUAGUGAUACUUAACUGUAAUUUAAUUACAUAAAUAAAUUUCUACAUAUAUACAAACGUGAGUGUAGAAGCAAAAAAUGUAUCAAUCUAUUAGCCUCGCUAGGUCUAUUUAUUAGUAAGUCUCGGUAAGGCUAAGCCCCAGAAAGUCUAUCUGCUAAGAAACCUGGUGAGCUUUAUAUAGGAAUUAAAUCGGAACGCUCUAGUACAGGAAAUCUAGAAAUUGCGUCGCAAAUUGUGAAUUUUUUAGAACAUAUGGCACGCAUUCCAAUGUUCACUACUUUCUUCCCAGCCAGGACUGGGCGAGCAGCACAAUUACACUGUGACGUCGAUUUUAAGGCCAUUACUAGCAGAGAAGUUGUAAUGACUAUAAAUAGCUCUGUGUUCAAGUUUAAAUAUUAGUCAAGCGUUACGUUGUACUAGGCUACAUAUAUAACAAAGCCUACAUAAAGUUUAACAAUACGAGCGGAAAAAUAAAGAGGAGACGAAAUAUAAUUAUAUUCGAAUGAAGAGUGAAACAAAAACAUCAAAUAUUCCAUGCCAGCAGCUAAACGCCCGUGAAUCUUGGUAUGAGCAACAAUCAAUUAAUUUUACGUUUUUAAAAAAAACAUAAUAUGAAAAUGUUAAGCAUCCAAUGUAAACGACUCAGCACGAAACAAAACAUAAAUUAAUGAAUCGUCAUUUUGACUUCAGUUAAGACGUUUAAUUAAUCAGCGCUUUUACAAGAACUGGCUUUAAAAGUGGAAUGGAAAACAACUUUAUAAAUAAAUGCUCUCGAGGCCAACAGCUUAACAGUUUCAUUACACUAAGACGUUCAGUGAAUUGUGUAUUUCCGCUUUUAAAACAUAGUUUAAUAUUGCGAUUUUAUUUAGGUAAAGAAAAUUUGUUCUCGACUUUUUGAUUUUAAAAAAAAAUAGAAAGGGCUUCAUUCUGUAAUGUUGUUUCAGGGCUCUGUCCAUCUGAUGGCGACACUGCCAGUGGCGCACUCUCUGUGCAUAGAGGCAAGAUAUGAAGGUAUUCCCAUGCUCGGGGGUAUUCGUGAUCUGACUGGUGGGGCCAACAGGUCUCUUGAACUCCCAACCAAAGGUGAGUUCAUUACACACUUAACGGCAUUUAACCUAUUUUGUAAUAAUUAAAGGACUGGCUUCAAACUAAGUAAAUGAAAUAGCAAGUCGAGGUGAUAUUUUCAUUUGUCCUGUGUGGUGAGGAAGGCUCUAUGCCGAAACAUCCUAAUCUUAUUGUCCUAACCUAUUUUAGCAUUCAAAUCAUUAGACCAUUCCUAGCAAUGAGUAAAAUUUAUUUUUAAAAGACAAGCUUGUUAAAUAUGUUCUAGAAAACGUUUAGAGUGUAUGCUCUUUCAUAAAGUCUUCCAAUGGUGAAACAUUUAUUUUAAAUCUGCUCAUUUCUAAAAUGUUUACUUCCUUUUUAUGUUCGUCUCUAUAAAAAGAGCAAUACAUAGAUUUUUUUUUUAAAUCCAAUUUUAAUACAUCGUCUUUGAAUCCGUUAUUUUCUCCGUCAUCUAUCUGUCAGUCUGUCUAUCCAUCUGUCUAUAUGUCCCUCCACUCAUCAGUCUGUGCAUGUGUAUCUGUGUUCUGUUUCACCUACUCCUCGUUUCUACGCCCGCAUCACUGUGUGUAUCAUUCCCUCUGCGUUCCCCACAGACCACCCAGCGUGCACAGAGAGCGCCCGCGGCAAGACCGAGCUGCUCGUCCAGGCCUGGCACUCUCAACUCUACUGGACCACCUUUUACUACAAGGUCGUCCUGGCCUAGGUAGCUAGCUCGCCGAGUCAUCGAGGAGCCAAUGUCUUCUGGUGUUCAGCCAUGGGGAAGGAAGAGAGGUGGCAGGACUCUACAUGGGCGUGUUAAAUUUUUUAAAAGUUCCGAUAAACUACGAAUUAACUAUCAUCAUAGAUACGAGUCCUUAUUUUUCAAAUAAAGUAUGAAUUAUU